GGGCGGUUGACGUGGCUUCCUUAGGUCUUUUGUUUUAGCGCGAGUGCCGUUGUCUUGGUGACGGCAUCUAACAGCUUCGCCCUUUCCGGUGUGAAGCCUGAGCCGCAGCGGGCGGCUGUUGGUAACUGUAGGAGGGUGCUCAGAUCAAAUCAUAACCAUAAAAACCUCUUCAAAUAGAAAGAAAAAUGUCACGGAAGGGGUCCAAGGAAACCAAGAAAGCAAAUAUCUCCAGCUCUCUGGAGUCUGAAGAUAUUAGUUUAGAGACUACAGUACCAACAGAUGACAUUUCCUCUUCUGAAGAGAGAGAAGGUACCACCAAAAUCACUAGGCAACUGAUUGAACGGAAGGAAUUGCUUCAUAAUCUACAAUUGCUGAAAAUAGAGUUAUCUCAGAGAAACUUAAUGAUUGACAACUUGAAAGUGGAAUAUCUGACCAAAAUUGAAGAGCUAGAAGAGAAGCUUAAUGAUACAAUCCACCAGAAGCAGCUGUUAUCUUUACGACUAGACAACCAGUUGGCAUUACAGCAAGAAGAUGCCAGAAAACAUCAAGAGCUAAUGAAACAGGAAAUGGAAACCAUUUUAAUGAGGCAAAAACAACUAGAAGAAACAAAUCAUCAGUUAAGGGAGCGGGCUGGAGAUAUCCGUCGCAGCUUGCGUGACUUGGAAUUGACAGAAGAUUAUUAUGAGAAAUUGAAAUCUCUUUCUGAAGAUGAGCUUUCUAUCCCUGAAUAUGUUUCUAUUCGAUUCUAUGAAGUAGUCCAUCCAUUAAGAAAAGAAGUAAAUGAACUACAGAUGAGAAAAGACAGCCUAUCUGAAGACCUAAAUUAUUACAAGUCGCAGUUGAAGUGUGUGAUGGAGAGCUAUGAAGAUGAGCGAAGAAGUCGUUCAGAGCUAGAAGUUAGAUGUCAACGUUUGACACUGGAACUAGCAGAUACCAAACAGAUGAUUCAGCAAGGUGACUACAGGCAGGAGAACUAUGAUAAAGUAAAACGUGAACGAGAUGCAUUUGAACAUGAAUUGUCAGAGCUCAGAAGAAAAUAUGAAAUAUUAGAAGUGUCGCACAAAGCACAAGCCAGAGAAAGAAAUGACUUAUCUAAAGAGCUGGCAACUUUACAGCAGUCUGUUAAUUUGCUGCAAAAGGAUAAAGAUUACCUUAAUCGUCAGAACAUGGAGCUCAGUGUUCGCUGUGCCCAUGAAGAAGAUCGCCUUGAGAGACUUCAGAUUCAGUUGGAGGAUGCUAAAAAAGCUAGAGAGGAAAUGUAUGAAAAAUAUGUCACAUCCAGAGACCAUUAUAAAACAGAAUAUGAAAACAAAUUGCGUGAUGAAUUGGAGCAAAUUAGAUUGAAAACAAAUCAAGAAAUUGAACAGCUUCGAAGCACCUCAAAGGAGAUGUAUGAACGUGAAAACAGAAAUUUGAGAGAAGCAAGAGAUAAUGCUGUGGCUGAAAAAGAAAGAGCAGUUGUGGCUGAAAAGGAUGCUUUAGGAAAAUAUGAGCAUCUUUUAGAACAGUAAGUAUAUUUUAAAAUCCAUACACACAAAUGGAACUAAAGAGAUACUAAUGUAUGUGUAUCAUUAAAUUUGAGAAUUUUUUUUCUGG